AUUUACAUAUUACAAUGGAUCAACUUUUUUCGCUGAAAUUUGUUUCGUAAUGCUAUACAGCAAAGAGAGCAGGAAAUAAUUGAAGAGGUUGUCAGAAGUAGCGCAACGAACACAUAUCAGAUUAUUUGAUGAAUUAUUGAAAUUCUUCGGAAUUCCCGUUAUGCAAGGCAUCCUGCACUGCAGAUAUCAUCAUCACACACUUUGAGAUCCAUUUAUGGCCGUAUUUAGCCUCUGAACAUGGUAGAUAUGGUACGCUGAAAACCUGAUCAACGUGGAGAUAAUCCAGAUGUCCACAUCGCUACCACGUUCAUCGCGUAAACAACCUUGUCGAUAUCUCAAAGAGCAACAGGUACAACCACAACCUCGUUAUGAGUGUCCUCAGGAUCAAUGCGAACAGGAAAAUUCCAAGGCACCACGUCCAAUAUUGCCUUCCACACGUGGAGGCAAUGUAAAGCCGGUAGUGCCAUAUGCCACUUCCUUUCCAUGUGCUAGAUCUCAAGAGGAAUCUUUUUUACAUCAGCCAAAGGGACAAUGCGUGAAACCUCAAUGUGUACCAGAGGCAUCACUGAUGAGUUCUAUGGCUGAACUUGUUCAUGAUAUUAUUCCACAGUCAACAAAUCCACAAACUAUCCCGGAGCGAAUUGAAUGGGUCAAUAUUCAGAAGUGUUCAAAUGUAAAUGAUCGAAAACGCGUGGUUGACGUGAUAGUCGUUGGUUUGGCUAGGGGAUAUCAAAUUUGGGCACGCAUGGAAAAUGGUGACUGUAGAGAGAUAUUAUCGGAGCGACAAGGUCCACUUCGAACGGGUCUUUUAUUGUCUGUGGACUGCGAACCAAGCUUUGGCAUUCAUAAUGAUAGGUUCAAAGGUUUUCGUCCAUUAUUCGCACUAGUUGAUGAGAACACACCAGUUCCAGAUCGACAAUGCUGUACAGUAUCUUUUGUUUCACUUUUGAGUGCCCAGUAUGUGCACAAAAUCAAUUUCUCAGAUUCCGUGCAGGCGCUCGCAGCUUCUACCAAGAUAUUCGUUGUAUCAUUUGUUGAUCACAUUGUGAUCCUUGAUAUGAUGUCACUACGUGAGCAACGUACCGUAUACAACACUCAAAUACAUGAAGGCUCUGGUACUCCGUUCGCUAUUUCGGAUAUUUUCUUAGCUUUCGCUACUUCAGAAUUACAACAAGAAUGCCAAAGUUGUGGCGGAAUGGGUGGUGAGGAUGUAUUUCAAGAUUCGUCUAGUUACAGUGUUGUAAGUGUAGCAAGGAACUUUACCAAAACAUUGACUUCGUUUGGUAGUUCAGUUGUUUCAACGCUGUCUGCAUCUCCACAGCCCAAAGAACUGCUAAGUUCAGUGGCUCAACCUGGAAUUAUAACUGUGGUGGAUGUAAAUAAGUUUCCCAUCGAUGGUAAUAUUAAUAAUGCAGAAUACGUAGAUGCAGUUGUAGCACAUUUCGUUGCCCAUACGGAACCAAUUGGUUUCAUAGCUUUUGGAAAUGGUGGACAACUGCUAGUAACUGCAGGACAAUCUUCAACUUAUUUUCACGUAUUUCUCAUUCAUCCUCAUCCUGGAUCUUCAUUGCUUGGUGCUGUGCGUCAUCUCUACAGAUUAUAUCGUGGGACUACUCCUGCUAAGGUAGUUAGCUGCAGUUUUUCUGUUGAUAAUCGUUGGCUAGCAAUAGCUACAAAUCAUGGAACUACCCACAUUUUCGGUAUAUGUCCAUACGGUGGCCAAGUGACUGUUCGCACUCAUGGCAGUGAAAUUGUUAACAGAGAAUCGAGAUUUCAUCGCUCCGCAGGUUUGCCAGAAUUGGGUUACAUUAAUGUAAAGAAAGCAGCAGAAACGCGAGAUCAUCAGUUUGGUGGUGCUCAACUUUGUAGGGAACAUCCUGAUGUUUCUCGAUAUAACAUUGCGCGUUCAGUAAGCAAUCCCCGUAUCGGUCCUUAUCCAAAUCCGAUAGGCAUGGAAGCACAUGUGAGAAUCAAGCAGCGUUUUUACUCGGCUGAUAAUCUGAGUGCUUGGGCAUCCGAUAUGACACCUGCACCACUUAGUUCCGGAAAAAAGUACUAUAAAGCCUCGAGCAAACCCAGUGAUCAGCAUCGUUUAGCGAUUUCAUUUGCUUCGAAUUCCAUACCUAAUCCGAAAAAUACUUCUCUGCUGGUAAUCAACAAUGAUGGUAUCUUAACGGAAUAUUUGUUGUCAAUCUCACCUUCUCCGUAUCAUGGAGCGAGUGGAAUAUUUUCUCCAAAUGUACAGCAGCGGUCGAAUCCUGAUGAGACAUUAAUUCAGUGCACACCAACUGCAGUAGCGCAGUGGACUUUACAAAGGAAUAAGCUAUCAGCAGACUUCCGUGCACCUAUUUGUGAUCAAAAUCCUUUGUGGAUGUGGUUCAUUCCUCAUGAUGUAUGUGAGGAAAAAAAUGAAGAUGAAGUGAAUGCGAAGUGGAUAAGCCAGAUUGAGGUGCUGACAUAUUUGGAUCCUCAUCGACGCUUGUGGAUGGGACCACAGUUUUCAUUUCGGACGUAUAUUCAGUCAUUGGAGCAUGCUAGCGCUGAUUUGAUUACUCCUGGGUCAAAUGAAGAUAGAUUGCGCAGCGGUAUAACCAAAUCGGUUCCUGUGAUAAUUGAGGCGGCAGGAUCACUCGGAAGUUUUGAUGUUGGUGAGCCGACUGAAGUUAUUGCGGGAAGUUGGUCAAGUGAUUUAGAUCCUAAAGGUAUUAAAAAACAGAAAGUAUUGGAAAAGAAAAUCGAGGAAGCCAUGCAUGAUUUAACUGUCGAUGGGGAAAGUAAUGGGUUUCAGGAUGGGGAUGAUGACACUUCAAGCGAGAUAUCACGAGAAAGCACUGAUAAUUCAUCGCAUGACAGCAUCAGCUUCCAGCUAUCAAAUAUGGACAUAUGAAUUUAUUUAGCAUAUGCUUCUUAAAGAAAUGAAUUUUCUAGAAGAAUUCUGACGCAUUACCCUAUGACUUUUCAUAACAUUGCAACUACUCUAUUAAUAAUUUUUUCAGAAUGGUAAUUUCUACCAGUUGCGUGUUUUGCUUUUAAAAUUUCUUUGCAACUUUUUUGUCCACAUUUUUAAGGAGCCACUUUCUCGAAGAAUCCGAGAAAAUAAUUCUUAGAGUUUGCAUUCUACUGCUGUAUGUUUGUUUAGCCUUUCAUUAAAAACUUUUUGAUUUUUGCAGUGAUCAUUUCAUGACAUUAAUUAAAUCUAAGCUGAAUUGCUCCAGAAAAAUUAUGUAAAAAAGCUGACUAGUUUGCAAUACGUG